AUGUCCGCUGGUGAUAUCGCGGAUGAGAUAUCACAGCUGGCCAUUGCCGGCGAAGGCGAGCAUAAUGGCGUUGGGACAGCGGCUGAGAGGGUAUUGCGUGAGACGCGUAGGGUUCUUCGACCUCCCAUUCGGAAGAUACGUGAUGUGACCGAAGAGUUCGCGACUGCCGCAGAGCAGCUGCAGCCGGGCCAGCUGGUCAAAGAUGACUUCUUCACGCUCUUUGAAGCUGUUAGUGCGCUCGAGAUCAUGGAUCCCAAAAUGGACAGCGGCUUUGUGCCAACUGAAGACACUCUUGAGCCAGACUUUGACGUCUGCUCUGAUCUCCCAGCGGAGCAAGUGCUAUGGAUUAUGGAUCAGUUAUUCUGCCAUCUGGCUGCCUGGCAUGACGGGUAUCCACUUUCGCAGACCAUCUUCACAUCCCUCCACGUGGACCGGUUAAUAUCCCCUGACAAUCAUCCACCCUACUUGCUUCACCGUUCGGAUCUCGACAACACGACAUUGUCCUCAGGCCUUGUUCAUCAUGUGCUUCGAGCCUACUGCUUAGCUCUCAUAAAGAGUUGCGCACUUGUGCUGCAUACUGUCCAAUCUCAGAACUUCUACGAAGAAGAGGACUUUGUCACGCACCUGUUCGGCCGCGAGCUGCUUCCGGGGCUCAGUGCCAAUGAUCAAACGACUCAAGUCGAGAAGGCCUUCGAGUGGCUAUCAGCGGCCGACAUCGAAACCAAACUUCGCCACGCGCUCGACGCCCGCCUAAGAUUCAUCGUCACCUACCUCGCGCUCCUCGUUGACGCUAGACACCCUUGGGAUGACCUGCUGGAGACAAUCCAAGGUGUCGCGAAAUCCCAUGAUCUAUGUCACCCACUUCCCGAAGCCUUCUCGGAGAAGGUGCAGCGCCAACUUGCGACCAGCACUCCGCCGCGGCCUAUGCUGGAAGUGUCAUGGGACGAUGCGACGACGAAGUGGAAGAAUAUAGCCAAUGAUGUUGUGGAAGCUGGUCGCUUAACGAUCCCAGCCAUCACCCAGGACCCGCAUUGUCUCCAAAGAGCUACAUGGGUGUUUGCUUACCGUGACCCACAGCCCAACACUUUCGUCCGAGCUCACAUGCAAACGAUUCUGUUCGGAGGCGAGCGUAUAGCGGACAACACAACGUUCUUCGACCUCAUGCUCACAGACAUCCGCGAUCUAGUACUGGCAGGUGACCCGCUUGUUGACUUGGACAGCUUUCAGAUUGAAGUUCCAUCCGAUCCUCGGCAUCGCUGUGCGCGCAUCAUGGAGAGCUUCAUGGACAAGGCCCUUGACGAGUAUGUGAAUAUCUACAGAAUGGUCUGCCAAAACCGCUGCCGCAUACGAAGAACAUUUACGCAAGCAAUAUCCAUCUGGGACGGCUUGGAAACAGAAGCCAUGCGGACGGACGCUGAACUACAGCAUUUUUCGUCAUCUCUACACCUUGAUAAUACCUACUUUGACCCGCUGUUGUCAUGGACGAAGUUGUACAAACUACAAAUUAUGGCAUGGACGUUCCAACUCGGAUUCGAGACCGACAUCUACCUGCCGGACGAGCUGUGCAUGAUGUACUGGAUGCUUGCAAAGGUACUGCACCAGCGAAUAAGAUUGCUGGAGAGUGUCGAGCAUUUCCUUGUGGAGAGAAUGCGAAGCCUGAAUCGAAAGCGCGACACCCGUCGAUUGGCGGAGUGCUUGGCUUCGCAGGACUACCUCAGGAGUCUACGCCUGCAAGCCGAGGCUACCUUGUCCCUGGCGAAAGCGUUGUGGCCUUAUACGGAGGCUCUUCAUAGGCUUCAUCUGAUAAGUGUACCGCGAAGAGACUAUGCUGAUGAACGACUGCUGUACGAAGCGCGGAUGAAGCCGUUCCUUUCGGUCACUAAUGACCCUUUACCGGACCUCGAGGAGUUUCAUGAGGACCCUUUAGGAGCCGUUCCCUUAAAUGAGGUAUGGGGCAUGAUAGAUGUUAACGUCAAGCAAGCGAAGUCGACCCUUGGCGAGCUGAAGAAGGUGACGCCCGGGCAGGUCAAGUGUGUCGGAACUGAAGAGCAGUGGAAGCGUGAGAUUAAGAAGCUCGAGACUACGUGCGUAGCUAUCGCUGUGCAAACCUCGCAGCUCAAGCGUCUUGCCGAACAGUAUGGGAAGGAGCAAGGGCAGGAUCUUUCUGACAUGGACUUGGCACCGUUUGCGGACGUCAGUAUACCUAAGCCGGAGGCACGAUAUCACUUAUGGUGGCCUGUACCGCAAGUGAAGGAACGAAAGAAAUGAUCGAUCUGCCAGUACCUUGUCGUCGAGAAAUGAAGUCGUGCUUUGCCGAGUCUUGCUGCGCAAUCUCGGUCCAAUGCGCGCUCGUCGAGCCACUUUGGCUAAUGCUUGGGUUGUUGUGCGCACAUGGAAGCGGCCAUCGCCUAUCAAGGCUUAUCCGCUUACACGCGCUGUGCAGGAGACUGCGGCAGCCUGCUGUGGCAAUGUGCCUCUGGAUUUGUGAAGGAACAGCGAGUCACGUCACCCUGGUCGAAGCCCACACACACACCGGCAGUGGUAGCUUGUGUACAAACGCCGUCCGCCAUCCAGGUCACAGUGAUGCGGCCGCUGCGGGGAAAGGGCAUAUGGAAGAGGCUCGGAAAGCCACACUGGGCAAUUUUGCUUGGUACGCUUAUGGAAGUGUGCUGUUCAUGGCUAUGCCGGGUUUGUUGUCGCCAGAAGGUAGUAUCGCUUAGCCGUCAG